ACGCAGAGCACACGCCGCCGUCUGCUGCAGGAUUGAGAGAAGCAACCGCCGGCGCUGACCUUCAAAGUGACUACAACGGGAAAAAGAGCCAACCAGAAAGCGGUGGUUAGCCCAUUGCCAUGGAGGGCGAGGUCGUUUCCAUGGAGUCGGCUCAGGCCGCUGCCCUGGCCUCUGAUGGAAAAGUCCUACCCGAGGGCAGAGAGGCGUUGAUGCAAGCGGUGCAGGGAGAAGUAGCCGGCAACAUGGACAUGAUGGUGAUGGAUGCGCUGGACCCGACGUUGCUGCAGAUGAAAACAGAAGUGUUGGAGGGGGGCGGCACGGUGACGGUUACAGGUGGAGACGAGGGUCAGAUCAUCACACUUCAGGUGGUGAAUAUGGAAGAGCAGUCCGGUGGCGCAUUAGGUCUUGGUCAGCUUCAGCUGGUGCAGGUACCAGUCACAACAACUACUGUAGAGGGGCUCCAGGCCACUUAUGUUGAAGCGUCAGGAGCCAACAAGGAAGCCGAACCAGUUAUCUGCCACACCCUUCCCUUGCCUGAGGGCUUCCAGGUUGUAAAGGUGGGGGCAAAUGGUGAGGUGGAGACUGUAGAGCAAGAAGAGCUCCAGGCAGCCCAUGAUGAGCUCCAAGCAACACAGGAGGAGGAAGAGGAAGAAGAGGAAGUGGUAGAACCUGAAGCUGUUGUCCCUCAGCAAGAAGACCCAGAAUGGUCCAAGGAUCCAGACUACCAGCCCAUUGCUGCUGUUCGCAAAGGAAAAAAGGGCAAAAAAAGCCGACUUCGGUAUGCAGAGGGAGAUCGUGACAUGGAUGUUUCCGUGUAUGACUUUGAGGAAGAACAGCAGGAGGGGCUUCUGUCGGAGGUCAACGCUGAGAAGGUUGUGGGCAACAUGAAACCUCCGAAGCCCACCAAGAUCAAGAAAAAAGGUGUGAAGAAAACUUUCCAGUGUGAGCUCUGUAGCUACACCUGUCCAAGGCGUUCUAAUCUGGAUCGACACAUGAAGAGCCACACCGACGAGAGGCCCCACAAAUGUCACUUAUGUGGCAGAGCCUUCAGAACCGUCACGCUGCUGAGAAACCACCUGAACACACACACAGGCACUCGGCCACAUAAAUGCACGGAUUGUGACAUGGCAUUUGUGACCAGUGGAGAGCUGGUGCGUCACCGUCGCUACAAACACACGCAUGAGAAGCCCUUCAAGUGUUCAAUGUGCGACUAUUCCAGCGUGGAGGUGAGCAAGUUGAAGAGGCACAUCCGCUCUCAUACUGGGGAGAGGCCCUUCCAGUGCAGUCUUUGCAGCUAUGCCAGCAGAGACACUUACAAGCUGAAAAGGCACAUGAGGACACACUCAGGGGAGAAGCCAUACGAGUGCUACAUCUGCCAUGCUCGCUUCACACAGAGCGGUACCAUGAAGAUGCACAUUCUGCAGAAACACACAGAAAACGUGGCCAAGUUCCACUGCCCGCACUGUGAUACUGUGAUCGCACGCAAGAGCGACCUAGGUGUUCACUUAAGAAAGCAGCACUCGUUUAUCGAGACGGGGAAGAAAUGCCGCUACUGUGACGCUGUGUUUCACGAGCGCUACGCUCUGAUCCAACACCAGAAGACUCACAAGAACGAGAAGCGUUUCAAGUGCGACCAGUGUGAUUACUGCUGCAGGCAGGAGCGCCACAUGAUAAUGCACAAGCGUACACACACCGGGGAGAAGCCCUUUGCCUGCAGCCAGUGCGAGAAGACUUUCCGUCAGAAGCAGCUUCUGGAUAUGCACUUCAAGCGUUACCACGAUCCAAACUUUGUCCCCACGGCCUUCGUCUGCAACAAGUGCAGUAAGACCUUCACUCGCAGGAACACAAUGCUGCGUCACGCUGAGAACUGCAUAGGCGAAGCUGGCGCGGAUGAAAAUGGAGCUCCUUCUCCCAGGAAGGGUCGCCGUGGCAGAAAGAGGAAGAUGCAGAGCAGAAGAGACGACGAUGAUGAUGACGAAGAUGAAAACACAGAGGGCGAUCUGGAUGAAGACGAGGAAGACGAAAUGCUGCACGACAUUGAGGUGGAGCAGGCGGAACCAGUCGUUCCGAUUCCUGCACCAGUGGAGCCCCCGGUGAAAAGGAAACGUGGGCGCCCCCCUAAGAACAGGCCCGACGCUGCCGCCAUCAUCCGCGUGGAGGAUGAGGUCACAGGAGAGGUGGACGACAUCAUCGUAAAGAAGGAGGUCGGGGCGGAGCAGGAAGAGGGCGCCGCCGAGGAGGUGGUGGUCGGUGGCGGCAAGUCGGCCAUCGAGAUGGAGGAGCUGUCUCAGGUAGAAGGAGCAGCCGAGGAGGUGCAGCUGACCGAGGCCCCUCCCAAUGGAGACCUGACCCCUGAGAUGAUCCUCAGCAUGAUGGACCGAUGAUUUAUGUGAAGGUGGAAUCUGUAAAAAAAACACCCAGACCUUUUGGUUAAAUCUUUAUUUUAAUUCUUGGCAUUUAGGAUAACAAAACUGUACCAUGCACAGACAGAAAACGCAUCACUGUUGUAAUUUAAAAAAAUGUACUUGUCCAUAAAGACCUGAUGGGGGAGAAAAUGUUAAUAAGGAUUUAUCAAACCAAAAUUUUAGUACAUUGUCGUUUGGGGUGGCUGUAAUUUGUAGCAGUUUUUUUUAUUAUCUUUGGGUGAUUUGGUUUAGGAGAAACAAAAGAGUGCUUGUUAAUCCCUAGUAAGAAUCUUCAAAAUGAUCUGGGUGAUCUUUUUAGUCUUUUGUAGAACUUUUUUGCCUUUUUAGGCUGAUAAGGAGUGUGUAAAUAGAAUAUUUAAAGCCCAAAUUGAGAGAGGCAAUUGUAUGAACAAGUAACUGCCUCUAAUUACGGCCACUUCAAAUUAUGAACCAUGAAAAUAUCUUGAAUUUUCUUCCCCUUCUGCUGUGGUUAGUAAAUCUUCUUUUUUUCUUUUUUUUUUAAACCAUGUUCUAGUUUUUAAAAGCUUGAUAGACUGCUUAUCUCAUGCUCUUUUCCUGCUACUGUAAUACCUGUAGAAGACGUGUAUGUACUUUACAUUGUCACAGAUGAGUGCAAAGAAAAAAAAAACCUAAAUAGUUUUGCUCUCAUGUGUAGUCAUUCCACUUUGGGUUAAUGUUUUCCUUUUUUUUUUUUUUUUUUGUACCAUUGGCGAAGCUACGUAGCAGCUUGAAUGACCUUUGAAUAACUGUGUGGCAGAUGAGAACAGAUGUACGACUGUACCACCAAUAAAAAGUAGUCAUGGGACUGAUGUUUUAGCUUCCUGCAGUUGGAAUGAUCUGUAUUUUUUUAAAGGGACUGGUUUGGCUCCUCUGAUAUGUUAUCGGUACAGUUACAGCAAGAGUUCGCUUGACACAUUUUGUUCAAAUUGGCUAGGGAAAAACAAAAUGACGAUGUCCACAUAUUUUGCUUGCAAAUAUAUUUUAUUAAAUUGGAGAAACUGG